UGGUCCCAGUUUCAGUCCGAGCAGUCCUAACAGGAAGUCUAAGCUCCACAGAUUAUCCUCAGGACUUGUAGGCUCAGAUCUGAAUACCAUAGUCCAUAGCCAUUGUUUUAUGAGCUAGCCACAUGCAGUCUACUAGUGUCUUCUUGUUUCCAUUCUUGCUGUAUUUGUGUCACCUCAAAUGUCAUUCUAGGGACAUCAUAACUUCAGGCAACUUAUUAUCCAAUGAAGGGGAAACUCUUGUGUCAGCUGGAAAGAUAUUCGAGCUUGGAUUCUUUAACACUACAUCUGAUGAUGGAGAAUUUAGAAAUUACGUUGGCAUAUGGUACCGGGCCAGUCCCGAAACCGUCGUGUGGGUUGCCAAUAGGGAUAACCCAAUUCCAAUAUCAGAUGAACUUUUGGUCAUUGCUUUUGAUUACGAUGGUAAUCUCAAUUUAUUGGACUCAACGAGGAACUCUUAUUUCUCAACAGAACUUGUUAGUGCAUCUUCUUCUAAUCGUACAGCAAAGCUUUUUGACUCAGGAAACUUGGUCUUAAUUGAUGAUUUGUCAGGCAAGAGAUUAUGGCAAAGUUUUAAAAACCCCACGGACACCUUCCUUCCUGGUAUGAAAAUGGACGAUGGGUUGAAGUUAACUGCUUGGGGGGUUACCCAAAAGGAUCCUAGCACUGGAAAUUACACGUUUCGGCUGAAUCAAGCAGGCAACUCCGAGUACGCCAUACUCCAAAGGACAGUCCUACGCUGGAAAGGCUCUGCUGCUGCGGCUUCUGCUAAUCCCUUUAGUUUCAGGGAACUGCCUUCUUUUGUGGUGUCAAUGUUAUCCAAUUCCAGUAAGGAGUAUGUGCCUUCUUUUAAUAAAACAAGGACUGAUAAUAUUUCUUCUGUGUCGUACACAAGGCUAGUGAUGAAUUCCACAGGGGAAAUACAAUUAUAUGGAUGGGAUGACAAGAGUAGUGGGUGGUUUGAGAUGUGGUCAGAACCACAAGGUCCAUGCGGUGUGUAUGACACUUGUGGGGAAUUUGGAAUUUGCAACAGUGAGAAAAUGUCUUUGUGCAAGUGCUUGCCAGGAUUUGAUCCUGCUUCUCCAGAUGAUUGGAUGGCUGGGAAAUAUAAUGGUGGUUGUUCAAGAAAGUCAGAUAGUAGUUGCAACAAAAAGUCAGAAUUCGACACAUUCUUAAACAUGCAUUCUAUGAAAUUUGAGGAGCCAGACCUGUAUUUUUCAGAGGCUAAAAGUGAAGAAGAUUGCAGAAAGGAGUGUUUAAGAAACUGUCACUGCCUAGCAUAUUCGUAUUUUGAAGUUGCUAAAGCACGGAGAGGGAUUUCUAGCACGGGAACAGUAUCUAGAUGCUCGAUUUGGACGAGUGACCUCCACAAUCUUCAGGAGGACUAUACUGGUGGCUUCAACCUCUCUGUCCGUGUAGCAAUUACCGAUAUUGGAUCAACAACAAGGAGAAAUUGCAAGCCUUGCGGCCCAAUUAUUAUACCUUAUCCAUUGAGCAGUCAACCAGAUUGUGGGGAUCCUUUGUAUUAUAGUUUCUCUUGUGAUGAUUUAACUGGAGAAGCAAGUUUCCAGACACUGAAUGGCUCCUAUCCCAUCAUUGACAUAUCUAAGCAAAAUAGAACAUUUGUUAUACAAGUGCAUGCAGAAAAUGUUAGUGAUUCAUGUGAUACCAAAACCGAAGUUGAAUGGCUCAACCAGUCAUUGCCUUUUCAUCCUAUAAACCGAUGUUACGAUGGAAAAUUACAAAAUCUCAGUUCUGGUGGAGUUAUAAAUGAAAUACAGAUCAUGUGGGAACCACCAUCAGAACCUACAUGCACUACUUCUGCAGACUGUGAGGAUUGGCCAAAUUCAAGUUGCGGCAACAUAACGGGACAAGGACCAAAAAGGUGUCUAUGCAAUCAACACUUCAAAUGGGAUGCUUUAGCAUUAAAUUGUACCAAAGAGCAAGGAGCACGGAGUGGAGGGAAGGCAGCAUCCCUGAUUCUUUCCAUCAGUCUAACUGCUGGAGUUAUGACCAUGUGCUGCAUUAGCUAUGUAAUCUACCAUAACAAAAAGGUGGCAAGAAGAAAAGCCAAGGAAAUAAUUCUACGGAAUAGGAUAGAUUACUUGCCCGAGAGCGAAAGUUCAUCUAAAUAUGUGAUAACAGAAGAUGAUAAGAAACGGAUCGAUGUCCCAUUUUUCAACUUGAAAAGCAUAUUAGUCGCUACGGACAACUUCUCAGAUGCAAACAGGCUUGGUCAAGGCGGAUUUGGCCCUGUUUACAAGGGUAUGUUCCCUCAAGGACAAGAGAUGGCAGUGAAGAGGUUGUCAAGUCAUUCUAGUCAAGGUGCUGAAGAAUUUAAAAACGAAGUAAUGUUAAUUGCCAAACUCCAACACAGAAAUCUAGUCAGACUUUUGGGCUACUGCAUCGAGGCAAACGAAAAGAUUCUAUUAUAUGAAUAUAUGCCCAACAAAAGCUUAGACACCUUCAUAUUUGGUCAUGCUCCACGCCAGUUAUUGGAUUGGAGUAUCCGUUUCGACAUUAUAUUGGGCAUUGCUCGCGGGCUUCUUUAUUUGCACCAUGACUCAAGGUUACGUAUCAUUCAUAGAGAUUUAAAGACGAGCAAUAUUUUAUUAGACGAAGAGAUGAAUGCAAAAAUAUCAGAUUUUGGCUUGGCCAGGAUUGUUGAAGGCAAAAGUAUAGAGGCUAACACGCAAAAAAUUGCCGGAACUUUUGGCUAUCUUUCACCAGAAUAUGCAUUGGAAGGACUCUUUUCAAUCAAGUCUGAUGUUUUUGCCUUUGGGGUGGUUGUACUGGAAAUCAUUACCGGGAAGAGAAAUCUGGAACUUUUUGAAGGCACAAACCUCUUGGGUCAAGCUUGGAAACUAUGGAUGGAAAAUAGGGUAUUGGAGGUGAUGGACCCAAUUAUAGUGGGAACAUUCAAUGAAAGCGAAGCAUUGAAGUGCAUAAACGUAGCACUUUUAUGUGUGCAAGAAGAUUCAGGUGAUCGGCCAACAAUGUCAAAUGUGAUAGUUAUGCUUGGGAGUGAAAACAUGGCUCUUCCAAGACCAAAUCAACCAGCUUUUGUCACAAGGAGAAAUACAACAUCUAGCACAUCUUCCUCCUCUUCCUAUUUUAAGCCACACACCGGCUCCAAUAAUGAAUUGACCAUCACUGUUGAGCAAGGCCGAUAAUGUAUUAAUUCACGAAGCGUUUUCUAGUAAAUUUUGCACGUAGGAUUGGUAAAAUACAUAUUCAAAUACUUCAAACAUCACUUAACCUUGGUGUGGAUAUUCUUGAUUUUGCAACAUUGUGCAUAGAAUGGCUAUAGUUGUUUGGGAUUAUAUGAAAAAAUAUCUCGAGCCAUGGACAA